CAAAACGAUGGCCCACUCGACGAAUAUCAUCGUCGAUGGACUGCCGAAGAAUUUGGUCAACAAUAUCAUCGAAUCGGCGUUACCGAAAGGCGUGUUUGUGAGCGAAGAGGCCAUGAAUGCCAUUCACAAGAGCGCCACCGUAUUUAUCAUCCAAUCGGUGGCCAACGCCUGCCUGUCGGCCAACAGCGACCACUUGACGCCAGAUAUGAUCAUCGCUGCGACCAAAGCCAUGGGUUUCGACGCCUUUGAACACCCGUUACGCCAACGACUCAAUGAGUUGUCACAAAACAAGACAACAGAUGAUAAUCACAUUUCUAGUAAUGACAGCAAAAGAGUCCGCAAAUGA